CUACUGUCAAAGCUUCUUCCAGCCUGAGCCUUGUCCCUCCCUCUCCAUCCCUCUCCUCCGCACGAUCAUCAUCAGCCUCAACUUGUCGCUCGCCUGACAUCGCGCUUCGACACCCCUGCGCCGCGUCUCGCGUCCAUCCAACCCUCACAUUGGCUGCUGGCCGGAUCUCGUCGCUCCUGGCAGCCAAGUACGCGUUGAGUAGGGGCCCGCUCUGCGCAACAGCAACAAUUGCAUCACCAGACACAACCACGCGAUCCGCCACCCUCCCGCCGCUACAGCUCGAGUCUCGCCUUAUCCAUCUCCUUCUAGCCUCUCGUUCCCGACCCGUCACUGCAUAUAGUAUCGCAGGAACGAUCGACGCGCUGUCUCCACGACGCUCAUCAUGGCUGACGCGCCCAACACCAACGAUGAGCUCUACCCCAUCGCAGUCCUCAUUGACGAGCUCAAGCACGACGAUGUCAUCCUUCGCUUGAAUGCCAUUCACCGCCUUUCGACGAUUGCCCUCGCCCUCGGUGCCGAGCGCACGAGGGAAGAGCUCAUCCCGUUCCUGGAUGAAUCGGUUGAGGAUGAGGAUGAGGUCCUGGUUGCCCUGAGCGAGGAGCUGGGUAGCUUCAUCGAGUAUGUUGGGGGAUCUCAAUGGGGCCAUGUUCUGCUGUCGCCUCUGGAGAACUUGGCUGCCAUCGAGGAGCCCGUCGUACGGGACAAGGCCGUCGAGUCGCUCAACAAGAUCUGCGAAAGCCUCUCCUCUCAACAAGUCGAGGAAUACUUUAUCCCUCUCACGAUCCGACUGUCCAAAGCCGAUUGGUUCACGUCCAAGGUCUCCGGGUGUGGCCUCUACACCACCCCUUACAAAAAGGUUUCUCCGCCUGUUCAAGAGCAGCUCCGCCAACAGUUUGGGCUUUUGGUGCAUGACGAGACCCCCAUGGUUCGCCGCCAGGCCGCCACCAACAUGGCAAAGUUUGUCAAGGAGAUGCCUGCCGCCAUAGUCAUCGACGAAAUGAUACCCCUCUUCCAACACCUCGUCCAGGACGACCAGGAUAGUGUCCGGUUGCUCACCGUCGAGAUUCUCAUUUCCAUUGCGGAGGUCGUGCCCAAGGAGCAACAAUCCAGCCACGGCGUCCUCCUGACGUCACUGCGCAAUUUGAUAGAGGACAAGAGCUGGAGGGUUCGGUAUAUGAUUGCUGACAGGUUUGAAAAGAUUGCCAGAGCAGUCGAUGAGGAGGUCGUGUCCAGAGACCUGGUGCCCGCGUUCGUCAAGCUUCUGAAAGACAAUGAAGCCGAGGUGCGGACGGCCAUUGCUGGACAGAUUCCCGGGUUCUGCGCUCUCGUGGACAGGAACACACUCCUGAACGACAUCAUGGGCAGCAUUGAGGAUCUCGUGUCCGACACCUCGCAGCACGUACGUGCAGCACUUGGAACUCAAAUCAGCGGGCUGGCCCCGAUCCUGGGCAAACAAGAGACCAUCGACCACUUGCUCCCGAUGUUUGUGCAGAUGCUUAAGGACGAGUUUCCGGAGGUUAGGCUCCACAUUAUCUCGAAGCUUGAGCUCGUCAAUCAAGUUAUUGGCAUAGAUCAUCUUUCGCAGUCCCUACUGCCCGCUAUCGUGCAACUGGCAGAGGACAAGCAGUGGCGUGUUCGACUGGCUAUCAUCGAGUACAUUCCCCUCUUGGCCAGCCAGUUAGGCGUCAAGUUCUUCGACGAAAAGCUCAGCAACCUGUGCAUGGGCUGGCUGGGUGACACUGUGUUCUCCAUCCGAGAGGCCGCCACACACAACCUGAAGAAGCUAACUGAGGUAUUUGGUGUUGAGUGGGCAAGCGAGCAGAUCAUCCCCAAGGUAAUGGGCAUGGGCAGCCAUCCAAACUACCUAUACAGGAUGACCACCUGCUUCGCCAUCUCUACCCUGGCUACCGUGGUUAGUCUCGAUGUAAUUGCCAAAUCGAUCUUGCCCAUGCUUGACAAGAUGGUCGAUGACGACAUCCCCAACAUCCGGUUCAACGUGGCCAAGACAUACUCUGUCCUGAUCAGCGCUCUGCGUCGUCUGCCGGAAGAGGGCACCCUGUACUCGUUGGAGAAGGAGGGCGCUGAGAUCACGCCGUCUCCCCGCGGCAAUGAGCUUAUUCAGCAGCGGAUCUUGCCGAAUCUCACCAAGCUGCAGAAGGACGACGACGUAGAUGUGCGUUACUUUGCCACGACUGCGGCGGUGGAGGCGACGGGUGCCUCGGGGGGCGAGCCUAUGAGUACAUCACCAUAGAUGAGCGGCAAAAACAGAAGAGAAGUAAUGAAGCAAUCGAUUAUUGCCAUGACUAGAGUAAACAAAAUGGGACAAGACAUAUAUCUCUUGUUACUUCGUUUCUCCUCCGGGGGUGGAAGGCAGAUUAGCAGAAGUGCAAAGGGGCAUGUCUGUUCAAGACUCAUGUCGAUUUCAUUCAUAAGAGCAUUGACGCGUGAGCCUAGCUCUGUUGAGAGACGGAUCAAGGGACGUUGGAGCGUGAAGCCACCCAGCGGCGGCAGUACUCGCUCCGGUGAUGAGGGGUAUCAUGGUGCCGUGCGGCGUGUUCGUAGAAUCAAAUCUGAC